GCCAUGGCCCUAGCCCUCGGAUUUAACCAUGGUGACCCUAUCGUCAACACACCCGCACUUGCGCAUGGUGCACAUAUACUGGCGCCCCCGGUAUCUUAAGGUGUCCUCUGCAACUACCACCACACCCGCUUACCAUUAGAAAAUGUUUUGUUGUUCUAGAAAGUUUGAAGUUCAUACGUUGUUUUAUAUAGAAGAAACAAAAAAGAUAAAAGUCCUUGUGCGAAUCGCAAUGCCGAAAUGGAUGGCUAGAUAAGGAGGUGCACCUAGGCCUAAGCUCCACAACAUAUUUUCCGAGUAGUAACUAGCAGUACGAUACAACAUACACACCAGCCCAAGAAUCCAAAGUGUAUAAAUUCCAAUCUUGCCAUAUAUUUCGCCCUAGUAUUUGUAAAACUUUCUUAUACAUUUAUUACUAUUUUUAAGUCGACGAAGCACUCAAUUAAUUACAGAAUAUGUGGAUGCUGAACGCAGGACAUGUUGUUUGGUGGACCGGACAAUGUGGGCUUCACCAUUGAGUGGGCAAUGGCAGAGUUGAUUCGUUGCCCUCACAUUCUUCUGCAGCUGCAACGGGAGCUCACUGACAUUGUGGGGCUUGACCGGCUGGUCGAUGAAUCGGAUCUUGGCAAGCUACCCUUCCUUAAGUAUGUCAUCAAGGAGACACUCCGGAUGCAUCCUCCAAUCCCGGUUGUCCUCGGCGGGACCACCAAAGAUUGUGUCCUCGGUGGCUACUCAGUGCCCAGGGGCUCUCGUAUCUUCAUCGACGCAUGGGCAAUAAAUCGUGAUUGCGAGACGUGGAUUGACCCUGACACAUUCCGGCCAUCGAGGUUCAUGCCCAAUGGGGAGGCCAUCGGGCUCGAUCCUCAGGGAGGUUCCGACGAGUUCUUGUCAUUUGGUUUUGGAAGGCGCUCAUGCCCAGGGCAGGGGCUUAGCCAGCAUACGGUAGAGUUUGCUGUAGCACAGCUCGUGCACGGGUUCAACUGGAAGCCACCCGAUGGCAUGAAACCGAUGGAGCUUGACAUGACCGAAACGAUCGGUGCCACUGUGUCACGCGCCACACGGCUAAUGGCGGUGCCCACACCCCGCCUCACCUGUCCUUUGUAAUAUUUCACUAUCGACCUCUCGCCGUGGUGCACUAUAGGUGGAACUACCAAUCAUGAAACUAUGUUUCAGACUUCAGAUACAAACAUGUAAUACACCAACUAUAGACCCCAGACUAUUUGGAUUGCCCUUAUUGAGGU